AUAAUUCACAAAAGUAGUGAGCCUGUGCAGCCCUGGUUAUGGCCAAAAAAAUGUACUAGAAAAUACCGCCAUAGCUGUCAGUGUCACUUUUCCCGUUUCGCCUGUUUUAUUUGCCACGAAAUGGUUUUGCUAGACAAUUCGAACUUUAUCCUCCGCCUGGAGAAGAUCGCUAAUGCGGCCAAGAAGGACUCCUCCUUCACGCUGACGUUCAAGCGAUAUGAUGGCAACGAUAAGCCCGUGCCGAGGGAAGGACGGCCACCGCUGCCUAAGCCGGAGACCUACAUGUGCCUGAUGCGAGCCCAGUCCAAGUCCCAAAAGAUUUCCACCGUUGUCCGGCAGGAGGAUGUGCCCGCCAUGAUGGGCAUGUACUCGCAGUUCAUGAAGAGCAAGAUGGACGGGCUGAAGCGGGUGAAGAAGGUCAAAAGCAAGGCCAAGGCGACAAAGGGUUAAUCGGGGCGUAGUCUUAGUUAGAUUUUAUUUGACUGUUAACUGGUCGUUUGUUUUAAACCUUAAAUGCAUCAUUUUGUACGGAAA